AUGAAGAAAUGUACGAUGCGAUGGGGUGAUGAUGAUGAUGAAGACUCAUCUGAGGAAUCAUCAUCAUCAUCCUCUGCUUCUGACUCGAAUGCUGAUAAAACAGAGAUUGGGAAGAAGAAUAAGACGAAGAAGAGAAAGAGCAAGAAGACAAUAGCGAGGUUUGCGAAGAAAGACAAGAAAGCUUUCGACUACGAAUCUCUGCAGCAGCACGGUUACAAAGCGCUUGGUCUUCCAGAUAUUCCUGCUCCGGUGGAGAAUCCGGACUGGUCGUGGAAUACGGGAAAGGAUAAACAGAGAGUAAAGGAAGUGAAAGAGAGCUAUAGAGAAAGAGAAGCUACAAGAGCUGCGGUGUCAGGUGGAGAGACGAUUGCGAAUGCGCUGCUGAAGAGUGAAAGGAAGAGUCUUUCUUUCUCGCAGAAGGAGAAGAAGAAGAGAGAUUUGGGACAAGCGAGUCGAGGGAAGAAUUACGUUGAAGAAGAGAAGAGGCAGUUGAGAGAGAGUGGUGUUUACUCUGGUUUUGAUUCUUGA